AUGUAUCAUUACUUGAGCGCUAGAGGGAACCCCUGGAGAACAGCGGGUUUCAGCCAGGUCCUAUCAGUAUACCGGAAGACAUUCUGCCUGGCGACAGGUAUAAGGUCGAAGGUAUACUGUCACACCGAGAUUCACGUUGCAAACACAAACACGCUGGAGCCGGACCACGCUGCGCAAGAGUUCAGGCAAGGCGUCAGGCAUGGCAAGGCUGACAGCUCACUGUCACAGGCCGGCAUGCGGAGGAGAUCCCCCGUGAAUGAGCGAAUCCCGCAGACCAGUUCGCGCAGGAACAGGCUGCAGGAGCCGCUGGCGAUCCUCUCGCGGACGUCACCGGUUGGGGACUCACUCACUCACUCACUUACCACUCAGGCCCUAGGGAUUUCGAUCCCUGGCACAAGGCACCUGACCACCUAG